AUGUAUAAACCAAAGGAUACUGAAAUUCCAAUGAGUGCAUCAGUUUCUCAGCAAAAUUCAGGACAACACCAAAAAGUUGGGACGUACAUAAUCGAGAAGACAAUCGGAAAAGGCAACUUUUCGUUUGUGAAACUUGCUCGUCAUACAGUGACCAACGUCAAGGUUGCCAUAAAAAUUAUUGACAAGACAAAAUUAAGUGAAGAAAAUUUGCGGAAAGCCCAGCGGGAAGCCGAUAUCUUAAAAUCUCUUCAUCACCCCAAUAUUAUCAAAUUAUACCAAGUGAUGGAAUCGGAGAAACUUUUAUGCAUUGUCACGGAGUAUCUUCCCAACGGUGAACUUUAUGAAUACAUCGCGAACAACGGUUGUUUGAGUGAAUUGGUCGCCCGGCACAAAUUCCUCGAGAUCUUGGCAGCCGUUGAGCACUGCCACAACAACAAUGUCGUCCACAGAGACUUGAAGGCAGAGAAUAUGCUGCUUGAUCAGCACAUGUCCAUCAAGUUGGCUGAUUUCGGUUUUGGAACCUUCCAACCGGACGGUCCGAACUCCCUCCUCACCACGUGGUGCGGCAGUCCCCCCUACGCGGCGCCCGAAAUCUUCAAGGGCGAGCCCUAUCUUGGCACAACUGCUGACAUCUGGAGUCUUGGCGUGAUCCUCUACGUUCUCGUGUGCGGUGUGCUCCCUUUCAACGCUCAGGAAGUCUCGUGUCUCCGGAGGCAGGUUCUCGAGGAGCACGUUCGAGUUCCCUACUGGCUGUCUAUGUCAUGUGAAGACCUCUUGAAGACGAUGCUGGCCAAGUCGCCAAGCAAGCGACCAACCAUUGCUCAAAUCUACCGUUCCAAGUGGCUGUCAGAGAUCAGUGACCUUGGUGCGGUGCCCAUUCCCCUCGCCCUGGACGAGCCCGACUCCGCCCAGACGGCGCAGCGUGACCAGGUCGGCGCUGCCGCGUCGUCGUCCUCGCCCGCUAGCCUCCCCAGCACCUCGUACUUCCGAGCCCCCCUAGUCUGUCAGGCGACCCCUCCUACCCUCGCCGCGGAAAUGAAGGUACAGUCGGGUCAAAUCACUUUGGCCAAUCGCCAGCCGCGAGCCCAGGAGAGUGUGUUUGCCCCGCUUGGAUUGGAUUUCCGUUCAGCCUCUCGCACUCCCUUUGCUCAGAAUGCACGCAAGUUAGCCACGUCUGCGUUGGGCCGAGAGUGGUGUCCGCUACCCUUGUGGGCGAAGCCACUUGCCGUAGCAACGAUGCGAAUUGUGCUGGUCGGAAAGUUAGACCAGACUGUCAUUCAAAUCAUGGAAAACUCGGGUAUCGAUCGAGGACAACUUCUUGAGUCUCUGCGCCGCUGUGCUUACGACCACCUGACUGCGACCUACCUGCUUUUGGGUGAGUCACUGCGCACCAAUCGUCACUGCCUUUCCCAGACGAUGGCUCCGAGUUCCAACGAGAUCGAAACCCUGAUGCAGGUUCGCCAAGGUCGCGUUCUCCAGCCCUGCGAAGCACAGCCACAGCAACAGUACUCCCGGUCCUCGUGCCCGUCCAGUGGAAGAGCCGUAGACCUCCUCUUCCAGCACCUCUCGCAGCUGCGUCAGCAGGAAUUCGACCACCACCUCUACUUCGGCGUCAAAGACACCCCCGGGGUGUCGCCCGCGGUCGCUGCCGCCGCCACUCUCGCGACAGCCGUCAAGCACAACCACCUCCAUCACCACCACCACCCACACUCACAGACCACCGCCUUCCCCUCGUCACACCCGCACCCGGGAUUUCUGUUCGGACCGACGCUGCCACGUGUCGCCGAGUUCGGCGGUCUCAGACGCACCGACGCGUCCCCCUCGCCGCCCGAAUCGCCCAUAAACCUGAGCAAUCGCAACACCCUCUCGACGUCGAACACUGAGGGCGACUGCUUCGACUGCGACUGGUUCCCCUACCAGUCAGAGGGCAUGGGAUCGUCCUCACCUGCACCCCCCUCCUCCUCCUCGUUUGGUGGCGACUUGAAACCCAAGCAAACACAGCAAACUGGCCGUUCGCCAGUCGGUCCGCCCUCCCUAACAGUCAACACAGUCGCCGCCGCGAACACCAUCUUCCCCUCGAUAUUCCCGCCGGAGUCCGUUGACCCGUUGUCGGUGAUUUACGAGGCGAACGCCUCGCAGCUUGGCGUGCACCGCGUUUCGCACGAGUCGGAGGCCUCCCACGGCGUAGCCGGGCCUCAAAUCGCCGCAGCGAGCAUCCACCCGCACCGACGGUACAGCGCCACCGGUCCCACCAGACUCCUUCAUCUGCCGGCGCAGUUCUCCCACACCACGUGCGAGUCCCAGGCCUAUGAGAAGUCGGUCACCGACGAGCACACCAGCGGUCUGGGCAGCUCCGUUGAGGCCGACUCGCACCACUCGAGUUUCUCCCAGCCCGCCACGGCGCCGUCUGUAGCCUUCCAGCCGAUGGAUUGCGGCUUCGGCGAGGACGCGGGAAUCGACAUCCCCGUGCGGGCGCCUCGGAAACACAUCUCCCCUCACUCCCCCAGUCCGGUUACGCAUCAUCAGCAUCAUCCCCCGCCGCCACUCGCCGCCUUGCCGGCCGGCGGACCUCGGCGCAAAUUCGGCGUGAUCGAACGACCCCCCGCCUUGGCUGUGCAGCUCAGUCUGCUGCAAAACCCCCCGCUGCCCAACCAAUCUCAUCUAGCUCAGAACAUCAAUGAUCCUCAUCAAGCGUAUGACAUGGACUUUUGA